AUGUCUGACACCGCCGCCUCCGAUAGCAAUAAGUCAGGUGACUUUUCAAACACCGUCCAGAAUGAGGUGAAACACAAAUCGGGACCCUAUUGCUGGGUCUGUGGGGCGAUGAACCCUGAGAUCGCCCAUGUGAUUGGGAAGAAGGACCGACAGACCGGGCUCCUCACCUUCGAACUCACGUCCAUCUUCAAUGGAAUCCCUCUAUGCGGCCUGUGCCACAAUCAAUUUGACUGUGAUGGAGAUCAAGGCCUCAUAAUAGUGCCGACAGAUCUGGAGUUCUUCAUUCGUCAUGAGCUCGAGGACCAGGAAAGACGGACGACGACGGAGAUUGGCUCAGGCCGCAAAGUUCCUACCAAUGUCGUAUACCAUGACCAGGGCGGGCGGUUCAAGCCCGUCUUCUUGAAGCACGCGCGUGUAUCUAUCUUGGACCGGGACACCAGUCAUCAGCUGGCUGAAAUCCAAACCCUCUAUUUCGAAGAACGAACUGUCAACGGCAUUUUGUUAAACCAAAUCAACAUCCAGGAAGCUAGGCUGCGGCUACCGAAGGAUGGAAACAGUAGCGACCAGCGUCCCUCGAACAGCGAGUGUAUGGACAAGAAGCGACCCGCGAACCAUGAGGAGGAUUCUCCAUCAAGGAAGAGAAUGAAGAAGGGAAACGAGGACGGCCUAAGCAAUGUGAAUUACCCGGAAAAUCUUGUUCUGAGCUGCAGCCAGGAAUACCAGGGUUGGGUCCUGGGACCAGACUCAACAGCCGUAGACGCUGUCGAGAGAUGGGGCUACAUGUUUUGA